AUGGAUUCUCAAUCUUUAUCUUUAUUUAAGAAGAAAUAACAAAAAGAAAUAUCAUAAGCCUUGUUAUAUGAAAGAUAAAUUAGAGAAAAAGAACUACAAAAAAGUGAGCUUGUUUUGAAAUCUUGUGAAAGAAUGUCAUUAAUUACUGAUAGAUAAAUAUAGAAAUUGAAAUAAAGUCAAUUAUCUACAGUUAAGCAUCAAUAAAAUGAACAUAGAUUUAAAUCCUUAGAAAGUGAUACAAUUCAUCUGAGGUAAUUAAUUAUUUUGUAGUUAUUAGACCUAAAAUAGAGUUGGACUAAGAAGCAUAUGAUAGAUGGAUUAAAUAUCAAAAAAGAUAAUUAAGAAGAAUAGAGACUGAAAAGUUAAAGAAAUUUGAGUCCAAGAUUGAGAGAGCAGAUUAAAUUAAGAUGAUGAAAUAAUAAGAAUAAAAAAAUAAAUAAAAAUUACGUAUUGAAACAUAAAUUUAAAAAGAGAAAAUUCAUGAUGAAUAUACUCAUAGACUUUAUGUAAAUAUUUUGAGAUAAUAUUUUUAUUUAGAAAUUGUAGAAAAAAGUAUACGCAAAGUAAAUCAAAUUUGUUUGACC